AACUUCCAGCUGGUCCGCGAAUGGCUCGAGAUAUGCAAAACAUCUCACAAGCACGAUCUAGCAGGGCCAAGGGGUAAAGAGUGUGUUCCAGGGUUCAAGGUCAUUGAUUGUCGCACAAAGCGAAUCAUUCCAGUGCCGCACAAUGUCUGCCAAUACGUUGCGUUAUCAUAUGUUUGGGGUGAUGCUGCUCCCGAGGAUCAUAAGGCAGGGCAAUACCCAAAGACUAUCGAAGAUUCAAUAACAGUGUGUAAUAUGCUAGGUUUUGAGUGCCUUUGGGUUGACCGAUACUGUAUCAACCAAAAGGAUGAAGCCGAAAAGGGCGUACAGAUCAACAUGAUGGACUGUAUCUAUUCGCAAGCACAGUUGACAAUAGUCGCCACAGAUCCAAACCCAUCGAAAGGUCUUCCUGGUGUCGGAUCAAGAGCUCGCAACAAGCAGCAGAGUCUUCCAUUAGGCAACAUUGAGUUGAUCAAAACCUAUCACACUGACGAGGCGAUUUUACGAUCGACAUGGGCCACUCGUGGCUGGACAUUCCAAGAAGGAUAUCUAUCGAGGAGAAAAUUGAUAUUCACAGAAAACGAGGCCGUUUACCUAUGCGAUGACAUGUACUGUCAAGAAUCAAUUCGCAAAGAUAUAUCAACCAGGCCGACCGGACAACGUCAAGGGCUCGCUGGCGCGGCGAUGGAUGGUAUCUGUCCAAUGUCGACAAAUGAACGAAAAGGACAAGUCAAGCUAGACGACCUUUUGAACGAGUACAACAGCAGAGAUCUAUCGUACCAGUCCGAUGCUCUCAAUGCAUGCCAAGGAAUCUUG